AAGAGCUCAGAUAACUUCAAUUUAUAGAUGUCGAUUGAGAUAAAAGAGUAUACUACCAUUAGAUAACUGAGAAAUAUCCAGAAGAAAAGAAAUUCGAGUCACUAGUAAGAAUGGAGAAGAUUUUUCUUUUAGUUUUUAUUCACAUGCUUGAGUUUUCGCACCAACUUCCACCUUAUGUUGAUCCAGACCGUUUAUCAAAGUCGGCUAAGUUUGUUCCCGACCUUGACCAUAAGUUACAAGUCACCCCUUUGAAGACAUACAACGUAAAAGACCUAUUUGAAUGUACACUAGAAUGCCUUGGACAAGAUGGGUGCCUUUCGAUAAACUUCGCAAAGAAUGCAGUUGGAGGACUAAAGUUAUGUCAGCUACUUCCUAUCGACAAGAAAGAUUCAAUUGCAGACUUGGUAGCGAGUGCUGAUUUCCAUUAUUAUGACAGCGGGUUGGGUUUACCAAAACAUUGCGCCGAUGCCAAGAAACGCGACCCUUCUGCUAAAAGUGGAAACUAUCGGAUUAGGCUUCCAAACAGAGAGAUUGAAGUUUUCUGCGACAUGCAAAACUUUGGUGGUGGAUGGACGCUUGUUGUCAGCAUCAGUGCGUCAAAUAAAAACCAUAUUCAACGCCAAGAGGUCAAUUGCCAAAGUGACCUUUGUGUUCCUUAUGCAAAAGUCAAUGUUCCCUCAAGAAAACUCGCUGAUGUUGACAUUCAUCAGCUGGCAACCCAUGAAGGAACAUUUAGGGUGGACGUCCUAACUGCAGCACCAUAUGCGGUAUUCUACAAGAUUCCAAGUGGAGCCCAAUACUUCGAUGCUUCUUGCUCGGGAAGAGGAUGCCCUCGUAUCAUUGCUUCUCAUCAUUAUCCGUACCAAUGGGAGUCCAACUGUAAAGGAGCUGCCAUUGGCUAUUACGUAGCUCACUAUGCUCACCGAGCCCUCUAUGCUUACAGUGUAACCAAUGGUAUUUAUCCCAACUUGCAAGGUCUAGUGUAUGUAAAGUAGAAAAAGACAACAGUAUUGAUCAAGAUAAUGGCUUCUACACCAUGCACUUGUAACCAAUACUAUUAACAAGGUCUAGUGUAUGUAAAGUAKAACAAGACAACAGUAUUGAUCAAGAUAAUGGCUUCUACACGAUGCACUUGUAACCAAUACUAUACAACUACUGUAUGUAAAGUAGAACAAGACAACAGUAUUGAUCAAGAUAAUGGCUUCUACACCAUGCACUUGUAACCAAUACUAUACAAGGUCUAGUGUAUGUAAAGUAGAACAAGACAACAGUAUUGAUCAAGAUAAUGGCUUCUGCACGGUGCACUUAAUGACGGUGCACUUGGAAGGUCUAAGUAAAAAUAGCCUUUAAAAAAAAUCCGAAAAAGCAUGUAUUCAGUUUAUUCAUGUAUUCAUGGAUAAAUUAA